AGAGAGCGCAAACAGCUCGCACUCAUUGUGUCAGUGAAAUUCUGAACACGGACAGCUAGUGCAUUUGAGCGGAAGAAAACAGUUUUCAGUGCACAGACACUGAGGAAGUGUUAAAAAAAAAAGACAAGACAAGAGGAGAGUUUCUUCGUUGAAAGAUGGACUCUGAUUCUGGGGAUCAGAGUGAGGGAGAACUCUCUCCAGGUCAAGAGAGCUUCAACUCCAAGAGUUUGGCCCUUCAAGCCCAAAAGAAGAUCUUGAGUAAAAUGGCCACCAUGGCAGUGGCGAACCUCCUCACGGACGACACCAGUAGCGAAAUUCUGGACGAACUUUACAAGGCCAGUCGUGAGUACACCAAGAGCAAGAAGGAAGCCCACAAGAUAAUCAAAGACAUCAUCAAGAUUGCACUGAAGAUCGGCAUCCUCUAUCGGAACAACCAGUUCAGCUCUGAGGAGAUGGAGACCGUGGAGCGCUUCAAAAAGAAGAUGAACCAGGCGGCCAUGACGGUGGUGAGCUUUUACGAGGUGGAGUAUACAUUUGACCGCGGCAUUCUCUCUGAGCUAUUGAUGGAGUGUAGGGACCUUCUUCAUGAGUUGGUGGAGCAUCACUUGACCGCACGCUCCCACGGGCGGAUCGACCAUGUUUUCAACCAUUUCGCAGAUGUGGAUUUCCUAACUGAGCUGUAUGGCCCAUCUGAAGAGUACAGACUCAACCUGAGGAAGAUCUGUGAUGGGGUAAACAAACUCCUGGAUGAGGGUGUACUUUAACCAAACCUCCAGUUUGCGGUUUCUUAGACUCCAUCAGGCUGUUGGGAUUUAAUGUGAGGGAUUUUACGAAACAUGUGUUGUUGUUUCUAUGGGAAAUAUAGGGUGUCAUGGUAACUUAAUGAUAUCAUUGUAACUAGGGCUGGGCAAUAUAUCAAAUAUAAACAUUGGGUCUCAUUUACUAAAACCGCACACAUUGUCUCGGAUAGUCACAUGUGACUUUCGCAUUUGUUCGCAGUGGACUGCAUUCGUUGUAAAGCAGUCAUGAAUCGCUAUGUCAAGCACACAGUCCCCAAUAUAUUUGCAAUGUUAACAAUAGUUUUUUGACUUCUUUCAUAGCUGUCAAACCUGCCGAAGUAGCGGGCAUUUAGAAUAACUUUUCGGACAAAAAUCAUUGAUAUUUCUAAUUUUGCAGUCAUUGUUUUGAAUGGAAAAAAUCACAUCUGGUCAUGCGUUUGCAUUCGGUCUAAUUGCACCAAUUGAAACAUUUCAACACAUCUGUAGAUGAAAUUCAAUCUGAAAAUUCUGCAUCCACAGAUGGAUCCGGAUUGUUCUAAAUGAGAAAAGUGUGUGCAAGCACUUACUAAUUUGCAUAAAACAUACCCAAACCAUCUUCGUAUAAUACAUGCGUGUGCAAGGUUUGUGAAUGACACCCUAAAUAUAUGUGAUGGUGUGAUGGAGAAAUAAAAUUAAGCAACAUUGUGAAUGUCGCAAUUAUUUAAUGUACUUUAUUUUUGGCCGUUAAGUUGCGAUGCUUUCCUGUCUCACGACUCACUAGUUAUGACUUAAGCAUAAACUUCUGUAGCAAAAAUGCUAGUUCAUUGUUAAGUUUGAUUUAUUUGAUUCAUUUCAUUGAAUCAGUUCAAAAAUCUAUUUCAAUGAAUCAACUUAGAAAUUUGAAUCGGUGAUUCAUUUGUGCCAUCAUUCGAAAAGUUUGUGUGGGAUAUUUGAUGUAUGGAAAUGUUCAAGACUGUUAAAACUAUUGGUGUGCAGUGAAACCAUUAUUAGAUUCCUCCGUAAGGAUAAUUAUGGAUUUUCCUGUAUAGUGAAAAUUUUGGAAAACCUAAAAAACUCUUCUUCUCCUGAAUUGACUUGGAAUUUGGCACACGUGUGUAGUAUGUAUGUCUUUCCAAACAUUACUUAGCAAAAAUGAAUACAAUACAAAAUGGCUGAAAUGGACGUGUUUAUGUAAAUGUACACACAAAAGAUGAUCAAAAAUUUUAAAAAUCCCAUUGAUUUACAAUGGCUGAGCAAAAGUGCCCCCUCUACUGGAUAAAUACGGUCCACAUGUAAAAUCCCAUUCACUUACAUUGGCUGAGCAAAGAGGCUCCCUCUACUGGAGUAACUCUGUCUACCACAUACAGCUCUUCUGUAGCAAUCUCUCUAAUGAAGCAUUUCGGUGGAGCUCCAGACUUAGAAGCCAAAUGACAUUUUACUUGUGUCUUCACGAAGGUAAGUCAAUUGUGUGUUUUAAUGCUUUCCAGUUUGAACAUUCAAGCGAUUUUACACUAUUCAACUCAACAAAGGCAAAACAACUCAAAUAAAUGUUUGCGUGCAGUUUGUGUGACACAGUGAGCGAGCCGCGUCGCGUCUAACGCUCGCACGCCGAUGAGAGUUCUCUUUCGCCUCAUGUUUGAACGGACAAUUUCAUACACCAAAAUACAUGAUAUAUAUUGGGGUGUCUGCUAUGUCUCAAGUGAACAAACAGUUGAUAAAGAAAUCGGGUAUCAAUAUAUUGAAUUAUGAAUUAUUGAAGGGGUCUAGUGAUGCCGCUGUGAUGUCCUGUUAGAUUUUUCUCUAUCGAGACAGCGUUAACCUAACGUAUCAAAACUUCCGAGUAUGAUGUUGUUUAAUUGUCUCUGACAACACGCAAUCCGCGAGGCGAGAUCAUUUUUGCUCGCAUCUUCACGAAGGUUUGUCGGUUGUAUACAAUGUUUGCCUGUUUGAACAUUCAAGCGAUUUUACACUAUUCAACUCAACAAAUGUGAAAACAACUAAAAUACAUGUUUGCGAGCAGAUUGUGUGACACAGCGAGCCGCGUCACGUCUAAAACGCUCGCACUCCGAUAAGAUUUCGCUUUCGCUGCUUGCGUCUGAACGGACAAUUUCAUAUAACAAACUGUCAAAAUACAUGAUAUAUUGAGGAGUCUGUUAUGUCUCAAGUGAACAAACAGUUGAGAAAGAAAUCUGGUAUAAUUAUAUUGAAUUCUGGCAUUAUUCCAUGUGACGUCCUGCUAUAUUUUUCUCUCGAAACAGCGGAAACAACUUAAAUAAAAUACUGCGUCAUUUUUGCCCAUACAGAAACAUGCGAGACAUCAUUACGAACUAUGAAAUGUGUCCUUUUAUUUGUGUACAAUUACAAUAACAACAAAACCUUGUGCUUUUGUAAAAUAAAGAAAAUAAUCCGGGUGCGCCGUCUCUGUCUUGGCGAUUAUUUUUCUGAAACACGUCACAAAAUUCAAGUGAACCAUCAACCAUUCACGCAGUCUGUAUUUUAUCAUCUCACACCCAUAAUCUCUGAAAUGAAUACAGAUGCAACAAGCAUGGCACAGAACGAAAAUAUUGAUACUUCACAGUUCUCAAAAGAUUAAACUGAACUGUGCCUUGAAUAUCGUAUCAUGCGAUAAAAGCCUUUUAAAGAGACAGUAACAAUUUAGCCUUCGCCCUGAGCAUUGACACCCCAAGUAAUUGAAAAGUACAAAUGGUAUUAUUUUAAUUUUUUUUUAUUUCUCUCUUACAUUGUAAAAUGCCACGUGUUUGAAUGGCAUUUAAAAUGUACAAACAAUCACUCAAUCUCCAUUUUUUCACUGGAUCUGUUGCUAUUAAUGAUUUAAAAAACAAAGCACUCACCAUUUAAAGUGUGAGCUUGUACAUUUUGAAAUAGUUAUAAACAGUCACAGCUAUGCAGUGUUAUUAUGUGCCUAGAUAGUCUUUGAAAUAAAAUUGCUUGUGAUAUGCUUAUGUGUUAAAUCACACAAAAAAAAAAAAAACUGAAAAAGAAAUCUUAAGAGAGAAGUGAAAGUGAAAGUAGAGAUUUUUCAAAGUGAUUUUUCAUUCAAAGUGAUACAAUUUCCACGCCAUUUGUCCAAAUCUUCUGAAACUUGGUGUACAUGCCUCAUUCCUCAUGGGGAACAUAAAAGCCUCAAGGACCCAUAACUUCCGCCAUGAUGGAUUUUCCCGUACGUUGAAAAUUUGCAAAAACCUAAAAAACUCUUCUUCUCCUGAACCGUAGCUCCAAUUGACUUGAAAUUUGGUACAUGUGUAGAAUGGACAUCCUUGAAAACGUUACUUAGGAAAAAUGAAUAUGGUACAAAAUGGCUGAAAGGGGCGUGUUUAUGUAAAUGUCCAAAUUUUAACAAUAUAUACGUGUCAAUAAAUCAAAUGUAAUUUUGACUGAUGGUUUUUCAAACCUAACAUGCUUCAAGAUGACAUCACUCUGAAGUACUGUGCAAAGAAUGGCUGACAUUCGCCACUAGGGGGCGCUAAAAGCCAUGCCAAAAUUCCAAUUUUCUGGUCAAAAAUGUUCUAAUUUUGUACAUUGAUACUACAGGCCAACAGGAAUCCACAAACCAAGAAUGACCGACAUUCACACCUAGGGGGCGCUACAGGCCAAGCCGAAAUUCCCGUUUUCUGGUCAAAAUUUUUCUAAUUUGGUACAAUGUUACUACAGGCCAACAGGAACCCACAAACCAAGAAUGGCCAACAUUCGCCACUAGGGGGCGCUACAGGCCAUGCCAAAAUUCCCAUUUUCUGGUCCAAAAUUUACUAAUUUGGUAUAUUGAUACUACAGGCCAACAGGAAUCCACAAACCAAGAAUAACCGACAUUCGCCCCUAGGGGGCGUUACAGGCCAAGCCGAAAUUCCCGUUUUCUGGUCAAAAAUUUUAAAAUUUUGUACAUUGAUACUACAGGCCAACAGGAACCCACAAACCAAGAAUGGCCCACAUUCGCCCAUAGGUGGCGCUACAGGCCACGCCCCAAAAUUCCCAUUUUCUGGUCCAAAAUUUACUAAUUUGGUAUAUUGAUACUACAGGCCAACAGGAAUCCACAAACCAAGAAUAACCGACAUUCGCCCCUAGGGGGCGUUACAGGCCAUGCCAAAAUUCCCAUUUUCUGGUCCAAAAUUUACUAAUUUUGUACACUGAUACUACAUGCCAACAGGAACCCACAAACCAAGAAUGGCCAAUAUUCGCCCCUAGGGGGGCGCUACAGGUCACUCCAAAGUUCCCAUUUUCUGGUCAAAUAUUUUCUAAUUUUGUACAUUGAUACUACAGGCCAACAGGAACCCACAAACCAAGAAUGGCCCACAUUCGCCCAUAGGUGGCGCUACAGGCCAUGCCCCAAAAACAUAUUUUCAAAGUGAUACCAUUUCCAAGCCAUUUAACCAAUUCUUCUGAAACUUGGUGUACAUGCCUCAUUUCUCAUUGGGAACAAAAAAGCCCCAAGGAUCCAUAAGGUCCGGUAUGGAUUUUCCUGUACAUUGAAAAUGUUUCGUUUAGGAUUCAGACAAAGACAUGUUUUUGAAUUCCUUAAUUGGGAGGGUUUAUCCCCAACCAUCUACUGAUCAAUUUGAAAUGAUUUGCCAUUUUGAGGAGGAAUCCGCAUUGCUGCUUGCAGCUAUAUUCUGUAUUUGUAUCUGUAGUGGUUCAUAUGACAAAAUUAUCUGUCUCUGUAUUCAGAUAAAACCGGGUGUGGGCGGGGCUUAAAAAGGAAGUGCGUCAAAACAUUUUAAAUGUUACUCUUACAUUUAUAGUUUCUAUUAAUAAAAUAUGCCUUGUAUAUGCCUUUUCAUAAUAAUAGCCUAUCAUUGUUAUUAUUAUUAUUGCUAUUAUACAACUAUAAUUUAAAGUAUUAUUUUAUUCUUUUUUUUUUCUUACUAGACGUCGCUGAAUUUGUAGGCUACAUUUACUGAUGAAUAUGUUGUUAACUGGUUUCUCCAGGUAUUUCUGAUAUUAAUAUCUGCAUUGUCUGUUCAUGUGUAACAACAUUAUUCUGAAGGCAGGAGGUGUUGAGCAAAAUGUGAAAUGUCAAUCACACAUUUUACAGUGAAUAAUAAAUACAAAUUCAAACAUUAAAAGAGAUGAAAAUAAAACCAAUAUAGCCUACAAACAGGUGAAAGUCCCGUGAUUCUAUCAGGAAUUUUUACACUAAGGCACAAAUUUAUAUAGAGCCUUAACAGA